GAAGCGUUUGUGAACCGAGGUAUUACUGUCGUUGGGUUUGACAGGGAAUAUGCAUUGAAUGAUUGCACAUUAUACAUAAAUGGCCCCAGACUGGAGCAAACAGAUCAAUUUGUAUCCCUUGGUACUGCUUGUUAAAGAUGGGAAAUUGGAUAAAAAACUAUGAAGAUGUGCAAAUACUGGGAGAAAAGUAAUGGAUAAUGUAUGGUCUGUUGUGAAAAAUGAAUGUUGAAAGAAGCAAAAAUAGUUGUGUCUAAGAACGGCUUUAUUUUGUUGUAUGGAAGUGAGAGUUAUGUCAGAAAAACUUCAAAACAACUUCAGUGCAAUAGGAAUGGGAAUCUUUAAGGAGUACGCAUGGUAAAACAAGAGAUAGGGUCAAGAAGAAAUGGGUGCUGAAUAAACAUGGAUUGAGUACAAAGUGAGGGACCAGUACCAAUGAAGUACCUUGAAGUGGUUUGGCCAUGAAUGAGCAUUAAGUUGCAAAAUGAAUACAUAAAGGAAGGAUGAAUGGGUGGAAAGGAAAAGAAUCCCAGAGAAAGUCAUGGUUAGGCAGAGCUGAUAAGGUCCUCUGAAACACAGAAUUGAGAAGUGUAAAGAAUAAAAGACAGGGUAUGUAUGACUAUGGUAGAAGCAAGGAUAAUUUGCAAGGAUAGAAUGGUAUGGAGAGAUAGAGUGAAUGAUGUUAAUAGAAACUAGAUUUAGCUAUUUCCUUUUAGUUUCUUUGGCUACUAUUUCUAACUUCCUUUCUACCCUUUACAUAACAUUGUUUACCCCAAAAGGGAAUAGCAUGAAAGAUACAUAUGUAUGUAGAGAAUUAAAUGUAACUUUUUGCAAAGAAUAAUAGCUGGAGAAGUUGUCUGAAGUCAUCUUUCCUUCUACCUUUCCAUCCCCUCUCUCCAUUACUGUCCAAGAACACACAGAAGUAAUGUGAAACUUACUUCUGUGAAGACAGGAUUCAGCAGCUCUGGAAAAAGGGGGCUUUCCCAGUCUUGCAAUUCCAAGGUGCAAAUGUAUUAUUUUGGUAGAACAUGCAUUCAUUCACUGAGCCUGCCUCCAUCACUUAGCUGUCUUCCACUGAACUGGGCCACCCCAUUGUCCAGUUCAUUAUCUACCGUCUAUUCUUGUUGGUAGCGGCUCUCCAAAGACUGAGACAGAGAAAGGGCUCUCUCAGCUGAGUUAUCUUUUUAACCGGAAAUACUGGGAUUUAAACCUGGGAUCCUCUGCACAAUAGUCCUGCCCUGUAUCAUUGAAUUAUUCCUUCCCUUAACUCUUCACAUGUGGUACAUUCUGUAGGCCAGCAGAAGGAUCAAGGAGGCGGCGGGAUCUUGGGAGACGUGCUAAUAGCACCAUGGUGUCUCCUGGGUUUGCUGAACACUUCCUGGGCUUGCUGAACACUUCUACGACAGCACCAGAGAUCCCAGAGGAGCCGAAGCCUUUUCAGAUGAUGGUUUUCAAGGAGUCAGUGGUUAUAUCCAACUUGCGACACUUCACAGGAUAUCGGAUUGAGAUCCAAGCCUGUAACCGUGAAGCUCCAACAGUAUGCAGUGUUGCAGCCUAUGUCAGUGCCAGGACCAUGCCAGAAGGAAAAGCAGAUGAUAUUGUUGGGCCUGUGACUCAUGUGUUAAUAGACAAAAGUACAGUCCACUUAAAGUGGCAGGAGCCGAAGGAGCCAAAUGGGCUGAUCAUCCUCUAUGAAGUGAAUUAUGGUCGCCUUGGAGACUCAGAGGAGCAACGCUACUGUGUAUCUCGUCGACAGUUCUCCAAUGACCAAGGCUGCAAGCUGCGAGGGCUGCAACCUGGCAACUACAGUGUGCGCAUCCGAGCUACUUCAUUAGCAGGAAAUGGGUCAUGGACGGAGCCCAUCUACUUUUACAUUUCUGAUUAUUUGAAUGCUCCCACCAAUCUUGUAGGCAUAAUUGUUCCAAUCAUUUUUGCUGUCUUUUUAAUCGUGGUUAUUGGAGGAGCUUAUAUCUUUGUCAAAAAAAGGCAGACAGAAGGACCAACAGGACCCCUCUAUGCAUCUUCUAAUCCAGAGUAUCUCAGUGCCAGUGAUGUUUAUAUCCCUGAUGAAUGGGAGGUCCCACGUGAGAAAAUUGCACUUCUGCAAGAGUUGGGACAAGGCUCCUUCGGCAUGGUGUAUGAGGGAAUUGCCAAAGACAUUGUGAAAGGCGAGGCAGAGACACGAGUAGCGGUCAAGACGGUAAACGAGUCAGCCAGCCUGCGUGAGCGUAUUGAGUUCCUCAACGAGGCUUCUGUGAUGAAAGGCUUCAGCUGCCACCAUGUGGUUCGUCUCUUAGGAGUAGUAUCAAAAGGGCAGCCAACACUAGUAGUUAUGGAGCUGAUGGCACAUGGAGACCUGAAAAGUUAUUUGAGGUCUUUGCGGCCAGAUGCAGAGAAUAACCCUGGCCGCCCACCUCCAACGCUCCAAGAGAUGAUUCAAAUGGCUGCUGAGAUUGCUGAUGGCAUGGCUUAUCUGAAUGCCAAGAAAUUUGUCCACAGAGAUUUGGCAGCACGAAACUGUAUGGUGGCUGAAGAUUUCACAGUCAAAAUAGGAGACUUUGGCAUGACCAGAGAUAUCUACGAGACAGACUACUACCGCAAAGGAGGAAAGGGUCUGCUGCCUGUGCGAUGGAUGGCUCCAGAGUCAUUGAAGGAUGGUGUCUUCACAGCCUAUUCAGAUGUGUGGUCUUUUGGCGUUGUCCUUUGGGAGAUCAGCAGUUUAGCAGAACAGCCUUACCAAGGACUCUCCAAUGAGCAGGUCCUCAAGUUUGUCAUGGAUGGGGGUUGCCUUGAAUGGCCAGAAAACUGUGCAGAGAGACUCCACAACCUCAUGCAGAUGUGUUGGCAAUACAAUCCCAAGAUGCGCCCCUCCUUCAUCGAGAUCAUUGAAAUGCUGAAGGAUGAUCUUCACCUGACUUUCCGAGAAGUCUCGUUUUUCUACAGUGAGGAGAAUAAGCCACCGGAGACAGAAGAGUAUGAGCUGGACUUUGAAAACAUGGAGAGCAUCCCUCUUGACCCAGCCUCUUACUCUCAGCGGGAUGAGAUCCUAGGGCGGGACAAUGGGCCCUCUCUAGGGUUCAAAGGGAACUAUGAGGAGCACAUCCCUUACACUCACAUGAAUGGGGGCAAGAAGAAUGGCCGCAUCCUCUCCAUGCCUCACUCAAGCCCAUCCUAAUAGCUCCUUUGGCUUUUCCUCAUUAUACAAAUCUCAGGACUUGCAGUAUUGCUGACACAGCAUUUGAGACACACAGACUCACUUUCUAUUCAGAUUUUUAAUCAUCAAAGUAUAAUGACUGUUUGGGAUAGGGGAGGGUGUCUUGUGUGUUUCUGUUCUCUUCUUUUUUGGUGCAACAAUUCACUUGCUGUCAGCGGACUUUAUCUGUGAAACAAAUGGACAAUUCUGUGGCUGCUGAUCUCCUCAUGCAACUCUGAUUUUAAGAUAGGAAGUGAUUUCACACAAUGAUGUUGGAAAGAAGAACUUCCAUCUACCCUUGUUCUGAGCAGAGGAACUGUGGGUUCUCUUUACUACUGCAGGGAAGGGAGCCUUAGACUGGAUCGUCCCCAAGCAGAACCUGAGGCUCUUCUCUUCUGCCAGCCUCUUUGGAGAGGCUCUUUUGUGAUUUUAGCAUUUUUUAAGGCUGAAGGAUCUUCAGGAUGUGUGGAAUAUGGUCUGUUUUUUCCCUUUGAUUUGACCAACAGCUGCUGCUUUUCUUCUUAAUGGAUUAACUAGUACGUGUGCCCUGAAUGUGUAUGUGUGUGUAUGGAGGUAUAUGUGAAAACGGAUAAGUCCUUUUGUACAUAAUAGUUUUAUCUAACCACAGAGGUGAGAGAGUGUCACUGUCCUUCCUGCCUGGCCCUAAUUCCUCUGACAUGAAUGAAUUUUGAAUACAUUAUUUUUAUACUGAAGAACUCUUGGGGGAUUGGAUCUCCUCUGCCAUUCAGCAAAACGAGGUAGCCAAAGUGGUAGCCAAUAUUCUGUUUAGGGUUUUGUGAGACGUUGCAAGACUAAACAAGGCAAAGCAAGCCAAAUUCCCUCCCCUCCCCUCCUUACCAACCUGCCUCAUGACUCUAGAGCUCUGUCUGGUUAGCAUUGCGUGUAUAUGUUUGUUGUGACAUAUUUAAAUCAUAGAUAGUGAACCACCGUAUAAAUUAUUGACACCUUCCUUGACCUGUUUUGUUUUUUUGUUUUGGUUUAGCUUUUGCCCUUUCAAGGGGAAAAGAGGUUAGGGGCUUGCUUGUUUGGUCUUUAAGGGGCCUUAAGUGUGUAAGCUGAUUCUGGCAAGUUAAGUGCUAGGAGGUAUAGUGCACAAACCUGUACUUUAAUAUUCAAAUAAUAGAGUGGCGUGUGCAUAUUAAUUUUUCAAGGUAUUUUACAAACCCACCGUUAUGCAAAUUCUGAAACAGUUGGUCACCAGUGGUGAAAUCGUAAGCCUUAGCAGCUCUGACGGAGGUCUCUUAGCUCAGAAAGUUACCUGGAGACUGCCUCCAUUUUGUUGGUCUCUGUUACUCUUCUCCUUCCUAGUUGGUGGGGGUCUUUCUAGUAUGUGCUUAGACCAGAGAAGAGCUACUUAAUCUCUCAACUAGAAGAUGUUCUAACUAAGGGAGAAAAAAGAAUCAAAGCCAGCUCCUUCUGCUUACAUGGAACAAAGUUAUCGUGUAAGUUGGGCUCAGGAGCCUCCAUGCACAGUCUUUUGAGUCAAUGGUUGUAUUUUUUUCCUUGGCUUUCUCCUGCCGUUUCUGCUUAGUAAGCACAGCAUAAGAUGGGGCCAGAGAGUAAACAUCCAGUGGCACACUGUCCACCCACAAUUCACUGAGGUUUCUUGCACACCUUUCAGUACAAUGAACAGAAG